AUGACGUGUGUCUGGUGUGAGCUGGCCCCAGUCGCGAAUCUUCCUUUCGGCUCCGUAUGUGAGGCUGGAGUAUCAAAGUCCGUCCCGUUUGCUCGGUGGUUGAGAUUGCACUUGUCAGAAACCCGAAACCCCACCAUCAAAGCUCCGUCAGGCCACUGGCAACUUGAGCUUCCGGGGGCGGUGGCGCAUGGCAGAAAGGGCAAAAUGCAGGGUCCUGCCAAUCUCUCAACCAAAAACAAUAAGCGAUGCGACAACGGGUACUGCAGCUCAACGAAGCCCUUCUUAAACCCAUCUCGCCGGUGCUCCCGUCGCCAAACACCUUUCCCGUGUGCGCCCUCCCCGUUCUCCUCCACUUCUUACUCCAGACUUUUUGCGCAAAUCACAAUGCCGUCUCUCGGGCGCCUGUUUACACUGGCGCUGUGGAUCGGUCUCCUGACCCCCAUCUACAUGUUCCUCGAGAAGAACUUGGAAAAGUUCUACAUCUUUGAUCACGAGCACCUGCACGACCUCUCUAAGCGCGCCAUCGCCACCCAUGGAAACGACACGCGCUCCGUCGUCAACUACAUUGUGACCGAGCUCAACGGCCUGCACCCCACCAACGUCAACCUCGACGAGGAAUGGGUCUUUAACAACGCCGGUGGUGCCAUGGGCGCUAUGUACAUCAUUCACGCCAGCAUCACCGAGUACCUCAUCGUCUUCGGCACCGCCAUCGGAACCGAGGGCCACUCCGGCCGUCACACCGCCGACGACUACUUCAACAUCCUCUACGGCACCCAGCUCGCCUACGUCCCCGGCAAGUACGAGCCCGAAGUCUACCCCCAGGGCACCGUCCACCACCUCCACCGCGGCGACGUCAAGCAGUACAAGAUGGACGAGGGCUGCUUCGCGCUCGAGUACGCCCGCGGCUGGAUCCCGCCCAUGCUCUUCUUUGGCUUCGCCGACGGCCUGUCCAGCACCCUCGACUUCCCCACACUGUGGACGACGACCCGUAUCACCGGUCGCGAGAUGAUUUCCAACCUGCUCAAGGGCAAGUUCUAG